AUGCCCCCGGCCGUUUCCUGCCCUUCCUUUUCCGCUACGGCGCAGACAGCGGGGACCGGGCCUUGUGUGCGGCAGUGGCGGCGGGUGUGAUCUGGGAAGAACCGCCGUAUAUCUGGUGAUUGUCCAGCCUGGAAGAUGAGCAGCUCAGAGGAGGUGUCAUGGAUCAGCUGGUUCUGUGGGCUGAGAGGCAAUGAGUUCUUCUGUGAGGUAGAUGAAGAUUACAUUCAGGAUAAAUUCAAUUUGACGGGACUCAAUGAACAGGUUCCACACUAUAGACAGGCGUUGGACAUGAUCUUGGACCUAGAGCCUGAUGAAGAGUUGGAGGAUAAUCCCAACCAGAGCGACCUCAUCGAGCAGGCGGCAGAGAUGCUGUACGGACUGAUCCACGCCCGCUAUAUACUGACUAACCGCGGCAUCGCCCAGAUGCUGGAGAAAUAUCAGCAGGGCGAUUUUGGCUAUUGUCCCCGUGUCUAUUGUGAGAACCAGCCAAUGCUACCCAUUGGUCUCUCUGAUAUCCCCGGGGAAGCUAUGGUAAAGCUUUACUGUCCCAAGUGUAUGGAUGUUUACACCCCCAAAUCCUCCCGUCACCAUCACACAGAUGGAGCAUAUUUUGGCACUGGAUUCCCCCAUAUGCUCUUCAUGGUGCACCCAGAGUAUCGGCCCAAGAGACCCGCCAAUCAGUUUGUCCCCAGGUUAUAUGGCUUCAAGAUCCACCCAAUGGCCUACCAGCUUCAGCUCCAGGCAGCCAGCAACUUCAAAAGUCCCGUGAAGACCAUGCGCUGAGACCUCCCGUGCACACGGUGACCCCAGAGACUCAGAUGAUCCAACCAGUCAAGGAGCAGCGUCUUUUUCUGUGUACAAUUUCUCAACCCUGUUUUUGAUUUUAGUCCCGUUAAAGUGUGUUCAUACAACAGACAAUUGUGGUUAAAUAAAAUUAUAUAGAAUGAA